UUACAUGGCGACCCUGCCAGUCCCUACGUGUCGCGCUAAAUUUUAAAAAUUUGUCAAAAAGAAAAAUUAAUGUGAAAAGUGGUUAAUUGAUCAAACAACAAUGGGAAAAGGCCAGUCGAAAGAAAGGGAGAAAAUAAUAAUCGCACAGUCAGGAAAUAGUGGAGGUACAAUGGCUAAUGGAAGUACGAGUACUGGGCUUUCCUUAAUUAAAGUUGUGGAAGUUGUGGCUGUAGCAGCAUUAGUAUUAGCCCUUGGCUGGUACUGUCUUAGAAGGUUAAGAAGAGCACUAAAAAGUUAAAUAGCAAGAGAGAUUGCAAGAAGCCAGCAGAUCGCGUAAGAAGGUAAAACUAGUUGUUCCACACCGGAGCCAGUACCGAGGGAACGUUUCUAGCAGUUGCGCAAUGCGGCUAGGGCGCAACGAGGGAUACCAACCUGUCAAUAUUAACAACCCCCGAACCCAAACAUUACAUGGCACACAUAGUUACAUGGCAACACAUUCCAUACAAUAACCCCAAUAGGAUAAGUUGAAACUUCAUGAGCAGGAAGAUGAACAGCAUAAAACGUUUAUUAACCUACUCGUGACGGUGCGAUGCGAGUCGCAGGCGGCGAUGAGUAUGCCGAGCUCGCCGAACUUGGAGGUGGCUAUGGAACAGUUGCGGGUGUUGGCACAAAUGUCGGGCCGACAAGGGGGCGCCGGGUGGUCGCCGCUGGACGUUCCAACAUACCGGCCGAAGCCGAAGACGCCCUUGGGCCCCACGAGAGUCCCAGAAGGCCACGUUCCGGAUUAUACUAUUCGCCUCCUGGUACCAGUUAUACCAUCGUGGAGCGACCUAGCUCUGCGUUACACCACCAUAGGGAAUAUAGGGAAAGGGAACACCAUUAUAGUUCAUUAAGUAGUCCUAGAGGCACCUAUUUGGGCUCUAACCCGAACUUUCAUAGUACGACAGGUGGUGGUUCUAGUUCGCGCACUCCGGCCAACAAUAAGAAACGACCGAUCUCGCCCGAACAAGUGCUUAGGUUGUUCGGAACGGGCAAUCAUGCGACUCCUAAGUCAAAUUCCGAUAGAUCCAGGAGGUCACCAGUGAGUAGUCCGCCGUCUGCUACGCAUAACUACAGGCCUCCGGUAUAUUCACCCUCGAUUCAUGAGCUAGCCACUAGAACUGUAAAUAUGGUCAGGGAUCCUCAGGAUCCUGGAUUUGGAAUUUGUGUUAAAGGAGGAAAAGAAGCUGGUGUUGGAGUAUAUAUAUCGAGGGUUGAAGAAGGUAGUGUAGCAGAACGAUCUGGGUUAAGACCAGGUGAUUCGAUAUUAGAAGUUAACGGGACUCCAUUUACUGGUAUCUCCCACGAGGAAGCCCUUAAGGUAAUAAAAAAUAUGUUAAAAUCCUGUCGAAAAAUCAGCAUGACGGUGCGCACCCCAAAUCUACCAGGAACGGGAUCGAUGGCGUGCAGUGGCGCCCCCUGGCAAAUGCGUCAGACAUGCUCAUGGAUGGAUAGACAUGGUCGGCCCGUGUCUCCACCUCUGGAAUAUUCUAGGGGGCGCCAUAGUCACGGUCGAACUGGGAGUAAAGAUCGGACUGUAAGGCGGGUUGACCUAUGUAUAGAACCAGGGCAAAGCCUAGGACUAAUGAUACGAGGUGGAGUCGAAUACAACUUAGGAAUUUUCAUUACGGGAGUAGAUAAGGAGUCCGUGGCAGAUAGGGCAGGACUUAUGGUGGGCGAUCAAAUAUUAGAAGUAAAUGGACAAUCUUUUAUGGACGUAACCCAUGAUGAGGCAGUAGCUCAGCUUAAAUAUCAUAAAAGGAUGUCGCUUGUAGUCAGAGAUGUUGGAAAAGUGCCUCAUUCUUGUACUGCAUACGAUAGGGAGUUUGACUUAUGUAGUCCAGGGAGUCGCUUGGCAGCCGCUUCCUGGGCUACCAGAAAAUGGGCAGCUGCUCUACAGGCAGUAGAAGAAAAAGCUCGAAUUUUACUAAACAGACCGGAAUUUGGCGCAUUAGUUUACUACACUGAUGAGUACGCUGCCAGACAUAUGACCGUAGAUGCCUUUGUACAGUGUAUGACUGAGUUACUUAAUACGCCUGAUAAGUAUACCCUUAUGACUGAACUUCGUGAAAUCGUGGCAUUGGAAGACCGACAGAAAUUCGACGAAUUGGUAUAUAGGAGAAACGAGGAAAUGCCAAGAAGCAGAGACCCUAGGGAACAUGAUUACCGGCAUUCGAGGAGGAAAGGUGCACCAAUUCCGGACCAGAAUCACACAUCUUACCAAGGAUUUCAUGAGGAGUACGGUCCUGGAGAUAUCCCGGUUUACAAUGACGAGAACAACUAUCGUUCUCCCAGUGAGGAUUCCGGGCUGGGGAUGGGGUUUUCCGAUAAGCAGAAUUCCAGAAUACGGCCGCCGAGCGGAUGCGGAAAAACCGUCGCGGAUCACAACCAGGACGGACAGCAGGAGUUUAUUGGAGAGGAGGAAGAACACGCGGUGGGUAGUAGAAGACAUUCUAGCCCUGGAGAGUCUCGCUCUGGAUCCACGACUCAAUUACAUCAACAGGAUUAUGCUGACUCGGAACUGGCGCAUAAAUUAUCUAGAAGUUUCGACAUGAAAGAAGAUGCGAGCAUGUUAGAAGGUGAAGGAGUGAUGCGACGUCAUCAAUCAAUGCAAAGACUUAAUCAUGGACCUAACGAACCCAGGGAACCCCCGAGAGUGCAACAAGAUGAAGAGGGCAACCUGAGGGUGACCGUGAAAAAAACAAAACCCAUAUUGGGUAUUGCUAUUGAGGGUGGAGCUAAUACUAAACAUCCGUUACCUAGGAUUAUUAAUAUUAAUGAAAACGGAGCAGCUUAUUGCUGCGGAGGCUUGGAGGUUGGACAACUGAUAUUAUCAGUAGAUGGCACUAGGGUCGAAGGUCUUCAACACCAAGAUGUAGCAAGACUCAUAGCGGAAUCUUUUGCCAGAAGAGACCGAAAUGAUAUAGAAUUUACUGUAAUUGAAGCAAAAAAAAGUAAUAUGGAACCGAAGCCGACAGCAUUAAUAUUUUUGGAAGCAUAACAUUUGCUCCGCCUCCCCCCUAGCGACCCACCCGGGCCGAUAAUUGUCACCGAGGAACACGCGGGCGCAGUCGUGGACGAUCGGGCGCAUGACCGAAAAACGCCGGACCGAACCGAAGACUGACGGUGCGAGCCGACGACUGCCGACGAAGUGCCCACGAGCGCGUGCGGAUGGUGUUUGUGCCAGUAAAUAUUUUUUUUUCAUUAUUUUUUUCGUGGUCCUAAGUAAGGCACUUUAUCGGCAGUCAAGUAGGUUAUAAAAGAACUGAAAAUCUACACUACUACAUAUCAUAUUAAAUAAGGCAAAAUUCCAGCUUUUUUUUUUAAUACGUGAAAAAGUUCGAAUUUUGUCCGAGUUAGUUUUGUGGUAGGGUUGUUGCUUAUACAUUUGCAAAUUAUAUUUUUAAAUUUUUUAUUUUUGUGCUGCUUCUAAUGGGAAUGACUGUCAAUUAGUGAAACAAAGCGUUUUAAACUUAGAACAUUGAGAUACUAUAAGGAGCAAGGGUGUUGAAUACGAUAAAUUUGCUAAUAAAACCAAAUGAAAAUGAUGAGCUAUGAAAUUCUGAUUUUUGAUAACAAGUUAAAAAUAAGAAGAGCAGAACUAUCUCUUCUUAGUUCUCUUGUAGUUAUGCUAUCUGAUACAAAGAUUAAAUUGUCGAUACUCAACAAGGAGCCAACAAAACACAUUGUGAUAUACAUAUCACAUUUUCGUUGAUAAUAUGUUUUAUGUGUUGAACUCAAUUCAUUCACGUUAAAUAAUACUAUAAGCCUGAAGCUUUACAGUUGGUUGCACCUUCUAGGUGUUAAGCAGAUCUUGAGGAAGAGAAGUAUAAUUCUAUAAAGGAUGAAUCUGUUGAGAAAAAUACUGAGAAUUAUGUUAAAUGAUAUAAUUAUGUCAUACUGCAAUAUGUUGGAGAUAAUCAACUUCUUAAGUUUUUGGGACUCAAAGUCGUUUACAUUCAGAUGAUCAAUGCCAUUGUAAUGUUUUUAUUUCUUUAAGAAUAAUAACCUUUAUUUGUGUCUAAAUUUUAGCCCGUAUUAUACACAUUAAAACUAACAUAUAUAAGUAAUCAUAACUAAUUAUCGUAAUUAUACACUACAGUAAAAUUCUGAGAUUCAUGGCUUCUAAAGAAAUACAGUCUUAAGUUAAAGAAUAUUUAACGUGAAGGUCAACUUAAAUUAAGCUGUGUCAAUAUUAAAAAAUAUUUUAGGUGUCCUUGUUUACCGAAAAGGCUCAGAGUCGCAUGAGACCAACUGUUUAAUAACAAUAAGCAACUUUUAUUAAAAAUUGUCUAUAGAGCUUUUCCAAUUCUGAUCACCUGCGAAAAUCACCUCUGCUAUCUAUGUUGUAUACGCUGAAAUAUCAUUGGUCAUAAACCUAUACAGCUCCUUGCCUAUCAGGAACUCUGGUUGGCUCCCAUAAGGAUUGCGUUAGGUCGCAACUAAUUGCAAAGUCGUCUGCUUGGGGUUGACUAAAUAUGCGGACAGGUGAACUCUUGGUGAAAGAGCCUACAGUGAAAGAAGUGUCACGUGCUAUACAAAAAUUAAAAGACAAUAAAACCCAAGGA